CAUGGUCCCAAAACUCCCUCACAGCUUAGCUCCAAAGAUGACUUGUACUGUAACAAGCCACUGUCUCUACCAUCAACACUAGAGUCCGUAGUCCCCACCAUAGUGCCACAUGCAUUAUCCCAUUACCAUAUAAUACUUUGUCUUGCUCCUCCAACGGUUCUUUGUUAAUCAACGCCUAAUUCUUCUUCCCGGAGCUGGAGGAGAAGAAGAAAGGGGAAUUAUACUAUGUCGGGGUUUCUGACUGAUGAACUUUCUAAAAGAACUUCAAUUUUUGGUUUACGUUUAUGGGUUGUUUUGGGUAUUUGUGUAGGAGCUGCAAUUGUGCUUGUUCUGUUUCUUAUCUCACUAUGGUUCACUUCCAAACGUAGCACUAGUAAAAAUACCCUUUCAGUUUCAGCUAAGAAAAACCCCAAUAUCCCUAAAGUAUCCAAGGAAAUUCAGGAAAUCCGAAUCGACCCAAUUCGGACUCUGCCGGAAAACCCGAAAUUACUACCUGCUCCGAUUCCGGAACCUGAUUCUUUCGAGGAGAAAACCCAGAAUUCCGAUGAUUAUCAGAGGGCACUCAUUGAGAUCGGAAAGGGUCAGAAGAUUGCCAAUCCGGGUCGGGUUGGGCAAGGUGGCGGGUCUAGUCAUGGUAGUGAGGAAGCUCGGUCUAAUGAGCAGGCUAUCAUUGCUGUGCCGGAGGUUUCGUAUUUGGGGUGGGGUCAUUGGUAUACACUGAGAGAGCUUGAAAUUUCAACAAAUUAUUUUGCUGAGGAAAAUGUGAUUGGUGAAGGUGGGUAUGGAAUUGUUUACCGUGGAGUUAUGGAAGAUAACAGUAAAGUUGCUGUUAAGAAUUUGCUCAAUAACAGGGGACAAGCAGAGAAGGAGUUUAAGGUUGAAGUUGAAGCAAUUGGUCGGGUUCGGCACAAGAAUUUGGUGAGGUUACUCGGUUACUGUGCUGAGGGUGCUCACAGGAUGCUUGUGUAUGAGUAUGUGGACAAUGGGAACUUGGAACAGUGGCUCCAUGGAGAUGUAGGGCCUUGCAGUCCUCUUACAUGGGAAAUUAGAAUGGAUAUCAUUCUUGGAACAGCUAAAGGGUUAACCUAUCUUCAUGAGGGCCUUGAACCCAAGGUUGUUCACCGUGACAUCAAAUCAAGCAAUAUUUUGCUUGAUAAGCAGUGGAGUCCAAAAGUGUCAGACUUUGGCUUGGCAAAGCUUUUGGGUGCUGAGAAGAGCUACGUUACUACUCGGGUUAUGGGAACAUUCGGUUACGUUGCUCCGGAAUAUGCUAGCACUGGCAUGUUGAAUGAGAGAAGUGAUGUGUAUAGUUUUGGAAUUCUUAUUAUGGAAAUCAUUUCUGGAAGGAAUCCGGUGGAUUACAGCCGUCCUCCUGGAGAGGUAACUCUGGUUGAUUGGCUUAAAAUAAUGGUUUCAAACCGGAAUGCCGAGGGCGUUGUGGAUCCCAAGAUACCUGAGAAGCCUUCGUCAAGAGCUCUGAAACGUGUUCUUUUGGUAGCAUUACGCUGUGUUGAUCCCAAUGCUCAGAAGAGGCCAAAAAUGGGACAAGUAAUACACAUGCUUGAAGCUGAUGACUUUCCCUUCCGUGAUGAGCGACGGGCUUCAAAGGAGCAUGGUGGUCGUUUAUAUCGUGAUGGUGCUAAAGAGAGGGUAAUGGACAAGCGUGUAAUUGAAUCAGGUGAUAGCAGUGGAUAUGAAAGUAGUGUGCAAACCAACUGGUCUUUGGUCAAGAAACAAGAAACCGAUGAUGAGCAUUAGCAGCACCAACAACAAGGUCAAUUCCAACCCCGUUGUUUCGUCUGUCAUUCAUUUGGAGCUAGCACAUGUAAAUAUCAUUCACUUAACUUCUGCAUUUUAGUUAAUUCACCAGUCAUGAUAGGUUUUGUAGCAUAGCCCUUGUUAUUAGUAUAUGUAAUUGCCUUCAGUUUUGCUUUGAACAUGACUGUUAUUUUACCAGUGAAAGGACAUGAUUGUAUUGUAUCGAAUUUACCACAA